AUGGACUCGUCUAAUGCGUGGCGUAUUGUUGCUGAGAUAAGUGCACAAGCGCUUCAAAUGGAUCGUGAUCAGCAAACGGAAAAACACAAGUGUCAUGUAUUACGUGAGACGUUGAAGAAAACCACUGCUGAGCGGGACGAGGCAGUCCAAUUGGCAGAUGUCUUAUAUGAGACAAACCAGCAGAUGGGCGCGGUUAUAGACCACUUUUUGCAGGAGCGUGCAAACGACGGGCGCGAGUCGGAGUCGUUCGAGGUCAUAUUAACCCAUGUUCUGCGCCAACGGGACAGAUCUGAAAAUGGAAACAGACCACGGAGCUCUAUCGCUACUGGGGAGGAGAAGAGCAACAAAACCGCUAUUGAAGAGAAUGCUGGCCCCGUUGAAGCAGACACACAAGUUGCAGGCAGAUGA